UCAACCUGAAAGUGAAGAAUCAGGACAAAAUCCGCUUCGGGCAAUGGCCGAAUCGACCGUUUCAUUUGCGCAGGUGCAUAUCCUACUUUUGUAAAGCCUGACUAUAGGCUGCAGCAUCAACAGAACAGAAGCAUCCCCUUUGCCGCAUCCUCACCAACACCGGCUCCCUCCUCCGACUGCUGCUGCUCGUGCCGCUGAACGCGCAGAACAAAGAGAAGACACAGAGCGGAGGACGCGCAAUGGCAGCACAGUGAUUCUAGUGGAGACAAGGGAACGAAGAUCACUGAGAAACGGGCGAGCUGUUACAGUUACAGCGGUCAUCAAAGCUGCGCACUGAUCGUGAGGUUUGGUCAUGGUCGGACGGGGACUAUGGGUAUGUAAGACCCGAUUUGGAAAGCGAGGGAGCAGGCUUGGUGCUUUGCCUUUUCUGUGCGCGGCGAUAGCGAGCGCAGCCCUGCUGGCUUUGCUCUUCGUGGACUGCAUCGAGUCAUGGGUCACCUCUAUGAGAAUGAACACGGUGGUGGAGCCGCAGGCCGGCAUCAUCCCCCCGCAGAGCGUCCUUCCCACCAGACCCGAGGAGUUCCUUCUCAUGCCAAGCCCGCUGGUUUGCCAGCGUGCCAAACCCUACCUCAUCACUAUGGUUACCUCCGCUCCUGCCAAUCAGAGGGCGCGCCAAGCCAUCAGGGACACCUGGGGAGGGGAGGUGGAGGUGAGAGGUCUGCGGGUCAUGACCCUCUUCAUGGUAGGUGUGGCGUCUGACCCUGGACUGGCCAAGCUGCUGAUAGAGGAGGCCAGAGAGCGAGGAGACCUGAUUCAGGGGCGUUUUCUGGACACCUACUCCAACCUCACCCUGAAAACACUGUCCAUGCUGGGCUGGGCCCGCCGUUUCUGCCCUCAGGCUCACUUCAUGGCCAAAGUGGACGAUGAUGUCCUGUUCAAUCCCAGCGCCCUCCUGCACUUCCUGAACAAGAGCCGUAACCCCUAUGAACAAGGAGACUUGUACCUUGGCAGGGCGCAUCUCCGUGUGGCUCCGGACCGUGACCCGGACAGCAAGCACUACCUCCCUUCAGGAGCCUACCCUUCCUCUGUCUUUCCAGACUAUUGCAGUGGUACUGCUUACGUUCUGUCCCGCUCUGCAUUGCUCAAAAUUUCCCUGGCAGCCUCUGCAUCACCUUUAUCCACACCUUUGCCCCCAGAGGACGUGUUUGUUGGUCUGUGCGCCAGGGCAGCUGGAGUGCUGCCCUCGCAUUGCCCGCUCUUCUCCGGUGGCCCAGGUGUGCCAUACGGACGUUGCUGCUAUCAGGCGAUGGUGUCCAUCCACCACAUCUCACCAAGGGAGAUGCUUCACUACUGGGCUGAUGUCCACUCAUCCCAACCCUGCUCCUGGUUGAGUCUGCGUGCCUCUCUGGGGAUGUGCAAAGUCAGGGCGAUGCUGGGCUCAGCUCUGGGGCUGGAGCAGGGUUUGUGAGGGUUAAUGACAAGGAAAGCUGGACUCGUUGGGAUGGUGCCUCGCUUCAAUACUGUGAACAGCACAAGUGCUCUUCAGGUUGUGGAGCUACACUAUGUGCACUGAGGAAAAAUUCACUUUAUUUUUAUAGGUUUAUUUUUUUAAAUGCUAUAAUAUAUUUAACCAGCUUUUUUUUUCCUGCAUAAAAGUGGAUGAUUAGGUGGAGGUACGAACAGUAGUCACUGGUCUUUGACCUAUCCUUGGACUGUUAAAGCAUUAUCAUUGUUUCACCGACACGUUGUAGAUGUAGAACAAACGACACUGGCAUGCUGAUAGUAUACAGUAAUGAAACAGAGCCUCUUAUGUGAUGAAUGCACAUUGGAACAAGUAUUUCAACAAAGGCACUGAAGUCUUACAUCGAUAUUCUGCUACCUUCAUGUAUUAAAGGCCUGCGUAGUCUAUAACCAGGUCCUUCAAUUGUAGAUAUUAGUCUAUUAAGAUGCCCAAAUGCAUGAUGAUCCAAACAACAGUACAAUAGACAUGAAACCACAGGCUUGAGACUACAUAUAACCACCAUUAUAAAAAUGGAUUGGCUAAAGCCUUUUAAGUUUAAAACAGUGCAAACAUAAUUGCCUCAUUACAGGAUGUAUUCAAGGUAUUUAAGUAUUGUGUUUUUUCAGUAAUAUUUGACAUGGUCAUAUGCGCAACCUGGUCUGGGAAUGGACAGGAAAAUUACUCAGUCAUUCUUCUGCCUCAUAAAAUGAAACCAUGAUACUGAUGUGAGACUCAGUUAUAAUCACACAGAACUGCAGUAUUUAUUACCAGUUUCUGCUAUGGUGAGAUUAAACAUUAACUAGAGCAUUAUUUUGCAUUUUAAGACAGUUCACAAUGUGGAGAAAGCAAAGGCUGUCUUGCUUCACCCUCAAAGUGUAUCUACACUCAGGAAAUACAUGUAUGAAUCAAAUACUGUCAUGAAUAAAGCACUCUCUUAUGUUAAGUUUGCCUGAUGUCUUUGCGUUUCAACAUAACUUCUCUGUUACAUUAUGCUUCUCUAUGACAAACGGCUCAGAUGACGGGAGGCACAGAUUCGUGUCAAAGCGCUACAAGGAAACAAAU